CUCUGUUCAGGGGAGGGCUUAUACAGUAGGUUACUAACAACUGUUUAAACUGGUAAUGCUGAAAUGAACUUUUGUGUUCAGAGCACACACACACACACACACAUUCUGAUGGCUGAUACUUUCUCUUCUUAAUCUAUUCCAGCUUGUUUGAACUCAUAUUACAGCUUUGUGUAAGUAAGUAAGAAAUAAAGUGAACAUUAUGUCUGUGUCUGUUUCGCUCUCUGUAGUAACACAAUGUCAAAAUUGUUUCAGGUGAAAAUGGUGGUGCUGCCGAGGAUUUUUGGAGGCAGGAGAUGUACAGGGAAUCUGGAGGUGGUGUCACUGCUCAUCACGGCCACUCUGUGUUUGUUAGUAAUACUGCAAAUAUACCUCCAGGACAAGAAAUCACAAAUUUUAAAACAAGACAAAAUCUUGAGAAAGCAGAAACCUGAACCACAGACAUGGCCGGACAUGUUCCUAAACUCAGUCCCCAAGUGUACGAAAAACUCAUCUGCCUUCAAGAUUCAAAACUUCUCAACUUUACCUAAGAUCAUCCAAAACUUCCUGUUUUACCAGCAUUGUCACCAUUUCCCCAUGCUGCUCAACAAUCCUGGGAAGUGCGGCGGACCACAGAACUCUGCAGAUGUUUUCCUACUGUUGGUCAUUAAAAGUUCUCCACCCAACUACGAUCGGCGUGAGGUUCUGCGAAAAACGUGGGCUUUGGAGCGGCUUCAUAGCGGUGUGUGGAUCCGCACCGUGUUCAUAUCUGGAACCACAGGAGACGGUUACGAGAAGGAAAGACUGAAUAAACUCCUGGAGCUGGAGAACCGCGAGUACCAGGACAUUCUUCAGUGGGACUUUGUUGAUACCUUUUACAACCUCACACUUAAGCAGGUCUUAUUCCUGGAGUGGAUGGAGAGGUUUUGCCCAGAUGCGCACUUUCUCCUCAAUGGAGAUGAUGACAUUUUUGCCAACACAGACAAUAUGGUGCAGUACCUCAAGGGCUUAGAUGAUAAUGAUGGAAGCAAACAUCUUUUUACCGGCCACUUGAUCCAAUAUGUGGGGCCGAUCCGGCACCCGGGCAGUAAAUACUACAUCCCCGUACAAGUCCAUAAAUCAGAGAGAUAUCCUCCCUACUGUGGCGGUGGUGGCUUCCUGCUGUCACAAUUCACUUCCAGAGUUAUCUACAACAUGUCUCACUCCAUCCCCCUGCUUCCUAUCGAUGAUGUUUACAUGGGAAUGUGUCUGGAAAAGGCUGGACUUCUACCCAGACAUCAUAUAGGAGUGAGGACAGCGGGCCUGUAUGUUCCCUCAGGUCAACAUGAGGCAUACAAUCCGUGCUACUACCGUGAGGUUCUCCUGGUCCACAGGUUCCUCCCAUACCAGAUUUAUAUUAUGUGGCAUGAAAUCCACAGAGAAGAUUUGAAUUGUACAAAGAGAACAAAUGAGAAUUCUGAGAUUUUCAUGCUUUAAAAAGAGGACUGGGGGGACUGGGGGAUAGAUUUGGGAAAAUCUGGGAGGACUGGGAAAGCCUGGGGAUGAGAGGGGGGACUGGGUGACAUACAGUGAGAUGCUUUCAAUUUAGAUGAUUUUAUAUCCAGCCAAUUGCACACAGGCAAACUGGACUUAAACAAUGAAAAUAAAAAAUAAUACGGAAGAUGAAGUGAUUAUGGAAUGUGGGAAUCUAGUGGUUAAGGUGUUGGACUACUGAUCAAAGGUCAUGAGUUGUGAAUCCCUUGGCCACAAAUCUGCCCAAGAUUGGGCCCCUGAGCAAGGCCCUUAACCCUCAAUUGCUCAUCAGUAUAAAUGAGCUAAAAAUGUAAGUCGUUCUGACUAACGGCGUCUGCUAAAUGCCGUAAAUGUAAUAAAUAUUUAAAGCAAAAAAUAAACAAAAGACACAAAUGCCUAAUAAAAUGAAAUAUGUAGGCAGACUAAAUGAAGUAUAAUUUUAAACAGACCUUUUAAAAGUUAAAUAAAUGUAUAGCACUGAAAUGAAAUAGAAUCAUACUCUACAUACCAGAACAGAGCUUUCCAGAGAUGGACCAAUCAGAAUCCAGCUACAGGUCUAGACUCGGAGCGCAACAGGAUUCCAUUUAAUCAGCAUCCUAGUUUGAUUGUUUUAUGGCAGCAUUAACACAAUAGUGAGAUUAGGUGAAGGAAUAAAACCCUACAGAAUAUACUACAUUAUUACUGAUUCUCAGAACAGCACGUCGUCUGCUUCGUUAUUUAUUAAAGAAGGACACAACUGUGUUUACGAUGUAAACGUUCGGAUUUGUUAAUUUGUUUUCAGAUUUGUUAUUUUGUUUUCGGAUUUGUUAAUUUGUUUUGCACUUCCCGGCCACCGUAUAAAUGUAUUAUAUCCAUGUGUCAUAUUUUUACAUUGGGUCAAUAAAAAAUGAAAAGAAAGGCAGAGAUAUCAGACUUCAUACAGAUACAGAUCAGGUGCAAACAGACCCCAGCCCCGCCCCCAGCCCCUACAUCACCACAGUACCCCAGAGCAGGUUCCUGCAUGAUGCUAGUAGUCAGACUGCACAAGAACCACCAACAGGUUUGAGAACCCACCAGGCAGUUAGUCAGUUAGUCACAUGUCCAGUUCAGAAUUUAAGUUUAGCUUGUUAUAGAUGGUUUCAUCAGUUUAGGCUUUACAUAAAAUUGUAAUUACAUGUUGAUUUAUGUGUGACAUGCACAAGAUAAAAUUAUAACAUAAUAUAUUAUAAAUUAUAAAAUAGAUUAUGAGAGAUAUAUUCUACCUCUAAUGAGCAAUUAUGGGAUUCAUCCAUGCUCCUUGUUAGGACCCCCUAACGUUGCCUUGGCCACCUCAUUUGCAAGAAAUGUUUCUGUACCUUGGAAUAAAAGUUUCUUCCUACCGUAUGAAGUGCCUCUUAUGCCUACCGAAAAUCACUGAAAUUUUACUUUUUACUUUUACUUCAAAUACUUAAGUACAUUAAAUAUCAGAUACUUUAAGACUUACUUGAGUAAUAUUCUAAAAGGUAACUUUCACUUCUACCAAAGUCUUUUUCUAGUACGAUGCUUGUACGUUUACUCAAGUAUUGCUUUCUUGAACUUUAUACAACACUGUACACACUACCCUGCACAGUGUGAUGCAGUGAAAUGCUUUUUCUGACUGUCCAUAAAAAUUGAACUUUUAUAACGAGUGCAUUUGAAAUAAAGUGCAGAUGAAAACAAAGUGAACAGGAAAGGAAUUCUGGGUGUGUGUUGAAACAAUGUCCACUGUUAAAAGUGCAAUACAAAUAAAACUGAAUUGAAUUUAGAUGAAAUGUUGAAAUGUAGGAGUACGAAGCUCCUCCUCAUUCUCCGUGUUUGAAUUCAUGGAGCUGUAGCACUUCUCUGACCACAUCAGGGACAAGUGUCAGAGUUUAGAAGGUUAAGGUCCUUCACUAUCUUCCUGGCCUUGAACUCAGAGGAACCUACAGCUGGAGAGCCUUCGGUCCUGCAUGGUCCUGUUCCCAAUCCAGGCUGUGAUGCUUCCUAGCAGGAUGCUCUUGAUCGUGCUUGUGUAGAAGUUCCUGAAAGAGCAGUGUAAAGUGUGUGAGGUGGUAAAGAUGCUGAGGGACCUUUUUUCACCAACUGUCCACUUUCUCCACUGGGGUUGUGCUGCUCCUGAGCAGCCGGUAUCUCCUCUCCUGCUUCAAGCUGAAUUCCACGAUCAACUUCUUUGUGCUGCUGAUGUUCAGGAGGAGGCUGUUUUCCUGGCACUAGUUCUCCAGGCUUUAAUCAGAGAUCAGGCGAACAACAGCAUGGUCCUCAACAAACUUAACAGUGAUUGUGAAGUUGGAAAUGUGGACUGUUGUGAAUUAGACUUGUUUUUCCUUUUCUGCUUUAUACUACAUCUCCCACAAUCCUCUGCAGACUGUGUCACCAUUUUCUAGUGCACUUCAUUACCCAUAAUCCUCAGCUGAGGCCUAUAAAUAGACCUCAUUUCCUUCCUUUGUUCUUUUAUAUUGGGGAGGUGUGGGCCUGAAGAUGGGCACUCAACCAUGUGUUUGAAUCCUUUCCAUAAGAUGAGUUAUGUAAGUUUUGUAUUGUAUUGUUUCAUUGAAUUUGAUGAGUUGUAUAUUUGUCAUUAGUAUGGUUAUAGAUAUUAUAUUUGAUGUUGUAUGAUUUCCAUUUUAUUAUUGUUUGUGAUCCUGAUUUUCUUUGUUAUAUUGUUUGUAGUGACCAGAAAACCAUCUUUAGCAUCCUUAUCAUCUUUAUCAUCUUUAACAUCUCUCCUGCUCACCCUGUGUCUCUUAUGCAUUCCAUUUAUCCUGUGGGACCUGUGUACUGUGCAUCAAGCCUUAUUGUCAAUAAGAAUAAAUGAGAGCAAAGGGA